AUGUCAGUCGUCCCGGAGCGAAUGCCCGACUCGACAACAGCAGUACAUCCAGAGUAUGAUCAUUCGCCGGAUUUUAUGACAGCAGCCAGCUCUGGAGGUUUUCAGCAGCGCGUUCUCGCAGUAAAACCAACUAAAUAUAAUGUCGAUGGCACCGCUUUGUUAGACAGCGCAUCGCAACAGUUUUGCGGCUUAGGACCAAACGGAACUCUAAUUUUUCUCGACGCUUCAGAACAAAUAUAG